AUGGACACAACGAUGACGAUUCGAGCUUUGGAGCCUUUGAUUACUUUGAAAGGCCACACCGACCCUAUAAUUUCUAUUGAUUAUGCCCAGAAUUGUUUUUUGGGUCAACAUUUUCUGGCUUCUGGCUCAGGUAGCCACAUUUUUAAUCCUCGAAUAGAAAACAACAAGAAAAAGUUAACCUUGAGUUUUUGUGUUAUUCGUUUUGUUGUUUCGUUAAAAGAGGACAAUACCUGCAGAAUAUGGGACCUCAAAUUGAAUAAGGUUAUAAAAGCAAUUAAAGGCUUAUCGGAACCAGUAAUGUUGUUUAGUUUCAAAGUUGUUUUGAAGCAUGUUUAUACUUAUGAUCUGAGGACCAAAGAUAUAAUUCUUACGGAACCAGUUCGAAGAUAUGAGUUCAGUAAUGAUGAAAUUAAUUCAAUUGAUGUCAGUGAUAAUGACAAAUUUUUAGCCACUGCAGAUGAUGAAGGCGCUGUACAUAUAAUUGACUUGUGCAGUCAUAAAAUCUUCAAGAAAACAACCAAGAAGCAUAGUAAUAUAUGUAUGUCUGUGAAGUUCCGACCUAAAAAAUCAUGGGACGUUUGGUCUGGAGGGAUGGAUAGUUAUUUAUUCGAAUGGGAUUUCUCAAGAGGCUCACCGAAACAUGUUUAUGAUAUGAGUAUGUACGAAAGAUAUAUAUCUGAUGAUGGAAAAUGGAUCGCAGCAGGCUUAGGUGACUCAACAUUGCAGGUUUUAUCAUCCUUACAGCAGAAAAGUAGUUCUCUUCAAGAUGUAGUAUUAAGUGGUGGACAUAACGCUAUGGUGAAUUGUUUGUCAUUUGUAGCAACUUCAAAUAGUCAUCAAAAGGACCGACAAAUACAUCUGGUUUCUGGAUCGCCUAAUAGUAGAUUUUGCCUCUGGAGUUUCAACGACACUUUUCCAUUGUCGGAGAGCUUAAAGCCAACAAUAUAUCAAUUAGAUAAAUCAGUUGGAAAGCUUAACCACUUGAUAGGAUAUGAACUGAAUGGUAAUCUCUACAUUGUUGCUGCUGGAACAGGAGCUUUAUGUAUUUACACAUUGCAAUAA